CUGGGUUCUGUCUGUACUUCAGAGAAGCAGUUGGUUGGUGGGAGAGCAGUUGGACUCUGGUGUUUCCCAUACACUUGACCUUUUCCUUGACCUGUUGGAUCUGGACAUACAUUGUGUGGGUCUGAAAUUUCCCACAAGAUAAAGUGGUUGAAAUUGAGCAGAACACCAUGGGCAGCCACAUGGAAGAGGACAUCCUUGAAAAGGAUUUCAGGAUGUUAACAUCUCUAGGUUGUGGUUCAUUCGGGGAGGUGAAGCUGGCCUGCCACCUUCCCACACAUACACGAGUAGCUGUCAAGGUCCUUGAGAAAAACACCAACAGUGUGGCUGACAUCAGUACUGAAGUGAACAUCCUUCAGUCACUGGAACACAGGAACAUCGUUCGAUUUUUUGACAUGAUCGACACACUGUCAACCACUUAUGUGAUUAUGGAGUAUGUGGCAGGAGAAGAUCUGGAGAGCUGCCUCAGGGCACUGGGCUAUCUAAAGGAGGAGGAGGCUAGAGGGAUUUUUAGGCAGGUGGUGUCAGCGGUUCACUUCCUCCACCAGAGACACAUCGCACACCGUGAUAUUAAAUUGGAAAACAUCCUAGUCGAUGCAGCAGGAAAUGCAAAGCUUUGUAACUUUGGUAUGGCAAUUGAAAUCACAGAGGGGCAGAUGUUGCAGGAGAUCUGUGGCUCCUUGCUCUAUUGGGCCCCAGAGAUUUUGGCCAGAAAGCCCUAUGAUGGACUGGCAGGUGAUAUGUGGAGCUUGGGUAUCGUUCUAUAUGUCCUUGUCACAGGGCACUUUCCAUACAUGGAAGAAACCCUUGAAGGUAUGCACAGGCUCAUCACCACCACAGUGUGUCCCAUUCCCUACCAUCUAUCAAAACCCUGCCACAUCAUCAUUGCCCGACUACUCAUGGUCCCUACUUGGUACCGAUUCACAAUCUGUCAGCUUGUGGAAAGAGCAUGGCUGGGCCCAAUUCAAGAACAUGUACUGCCUGCCACCAAAGAAAUCCUGCCCAGGGUCGUGGAGACUAUGUGCACCAUCGGCUAUACCUGUGAGGAGAUUGUGUCAUCCCUAACUCACAGGCGAGAAGAUAAACGUGUAACGGCUACAUGCAACAUUCUCAAAUAUCAGCUGAGUGAGAGCCAGUGA